GGCGGCGGGAGAUGCGGGCGGCUGCGGGCACCCGGCGGGCUUGGCUCGGCCGCCGGCGCCUUCUCCGGCUCCGCCGCGGGGGUCGCAGCGGCUGCCGCGCCAUCCUCGAGUUCCCAGCUUGAGAAGGCGGCGGGCGGAGAGGAGCAUCGUGUUCGAGGCGGAGACCCAGAGGGAGCCCCGCGCGCGGCCUCGCUCAUUGCUAUGGACAGUGCUAUCACCCUGUGGCAGUUCCUCCUUCAGCUCCUAAAGGAGCCUCAGAACGAUCACAUGAUCUGCUGGACCUCUAAUAAUGGGGAGUUCAAGCUUUUGCAGGCAGAAGAGGUGGCUCGUCUCUGGGGGAUUCGAAAGAACAAGCCUAAUAUGAAUUAUGACAAACUCAGCCGAGCCCUCAGAUACUAUUAUGUGAAGAAUAUCAUUAAAAAAGUGAAUGGUCAGAAGUUUGUGUACAAGUUUGUCUCAUACCCAGAGAUUUUGAACAUGGAUCCGAUGACAGUGGGCAGGGUUGAGGGAGACUGUGAAGCUUUAAGCGUCAGUGAACUCAGCAGCAACGGUUCCAAAGAUGUGGAGAAUGGCGGGAAAGAGAAGCCACCACAGCCUGGUGCCAAGACCUCUAGCCGCAAUGACUACAUACACUCUGGCUUAUAUUCUUCAUUUACUCUCAACUCUUUGAACUCCUCCAACAGGAAGCUUUUCAAAUCUAUAAAGGUUGAGAAUCCAGCUGAGAAACUGGCAGAGAAAAAAUCUCCUCAGGAGCCAACACCAUCUGUUAUCAAAUUUGUAACCACACCUGCCAAAAAGCCACCAGUUGAACCUCUUGCUGCUGCCAUUUCAACUGGCCCAAGUAUUUCUCCAUCUUCAGAAGAAACUGUGCAACCGUUGGAGAAUUUGGCUUCCCCCAGACUGCCUUCUCUGGAAGCACCAACUUCUGCAUCUAGUGUAACUGCAGCUUUUACCACCACACCACCUAUUUCGUCCGUGUCCCCUCUGCAGGAGCCUUCUAGAACACCUUCACCACCGCUGAGUUCCAACCCAGACAUGGACACAGACAUGGAAUCAGUGGCUUCUCAGCCAAUGGAACUUUCAGAGGACUUGUCCCUGGAGCCUAAAGACCAGGAUUUGGCUUUGCCAGAAAAGGACAAAACAAAUAAUUCAUCAAGGUCCAAGAAACCCAAGGGGUUAGAGCUGGCACCAACCCUGGUGAUCACGGGCAGUGAUCCAAGCCCACUGGGAAUAUUAAGCCCAUCUCUCCCUACAGCUUCUCUUACGCCAGCACUUUUUUCGCAGACGCCCAUCUUACUGACUCCGAGCCCCUUGCUCUCCAGUAUCCACUUUUGGAGUACUCUCAGCCCUGUUGCUCCCCUAAGUCCAGCCAGGCUACAAGGUGCUAACACACUCUUCCAGUUUCCUUCUGUGCUGAACAGUCAUGGGCCGUUCACUCUGUCUGGCCUGGAUGGACCUUCCACCCCUGGCCCAUUUUCCCCAGAUCUACAGAAAACAUAACCUAUGCACUUGUGGGAUGAGAGAACCAAGGAAUAAAGAAAUAGAAAGACACCCAACAUGAUUACAUUUAAAGUGAGCAAUUGAUACAUCACAAUGCUGAUAAUAGACUAUUGUGAUUUCUGCCAUUCCCCAUUAAAAAUGCUUUUUUAGGAUUCCCUUUGAAUAGGACUCAAGUUAGACUGUGUAUAAAAAUGCCUUAAUUGGAGUCCAGACUCCACCUCCCUCUUUUUCUUUCUUUUUAAAAAAUAUUUUGAACUUUGUGCUAAAGAAAUUUUUGGUGGGGUUUAGCAGCUAGCUAUGCUUUGCAAGAGAAUUAAGAACAAAGUUACUCCUCCUGCCUUUAUUGGGACCCUUUGGCCAGGAAAAAAAUUAUGCUUUGAGCAUGUUAUAUAAAGAAAUAUUAGUUAAAUGAAAUUGGCCAUAUCUUUAGGACUUUAAUGUGCUCUGUUGAAUAUUGAGUUGUGCAUAAGCAGUAGAGGAAAAAGAGUCAUUCCUAUUCACACAAAGUAAGAUUGGAGCAGGACUAUUGGGUAGAUUCUGUUUUGCUAUGAACUAUAACAUAUGUAAGCAAGUCCACAAAAAGGCAUCUUAUUUACAUUUAUUCAGGGUGGAUCUCUUAGCCAUAUGUGUGAUCUUGUCUGAACCCGUCAACAGAGCAUGGAGCUACUUUAUUCCCGCAUAGGGAGAUUUUUAAACCGGGGACUUAAAACAGUAUUUGGAACAACCAGUGAGAACAUGGGACCCCAUAUCUGGCACAGAAGUGUUAUCUGCUCUCUAGCUGGUAUGAUUACACACCCACGGAAUGCAGUAUGGUAAAUGAUGGCUUUUAGGGAGAUGAACCUGGGGUUAGAAAGUUUGAGGCAUCUCUGAGUCAAAGAUUCAAUUGAAAAACUUGAAACAACAUGUAGGGCUUUUCUCAGUUGGAAGGUACCGGCCUGAAGGACCCUUUUCUCUGUUCAUUUUAUCCCGUUUUCUACGGUAUAUUUGUCUUUUAAAUUUAAGGUUGUUAGAGGUUGUGAUAGUUUUCACCAUGUAAUUAGGAAGAUGAAAAGCAAAGUGAAGCCUCCAAAUCUGUAGUGAAGUAAAGAUAUGCUUAUUUCUUUGAGUUUUUUUUUUUUUCCUAAGGAAGGCGCAGAGUUCAUUCGGCAACGCUCAUAACACAGGGAUUGGAUUCUUCAUAUCAGUAGUGAAAAACUUAGGCCUUCACCUCUACCAAAUUUAUAAAAUAUUACCAUUGAGUCAUCAGUGCCAGGUGCAGACAGAUUUGUUGAUCCCCGAAACUGAUUUGAUACCAGCAUCACAGUUGAGUCUUGAAAAACUUGGCUUUAAAGUCCAGGAUCGGAUGAUAUGCUACCACCACCGCCACCCUGCCCAUUAAACUGGUCUUUUAACCCUAGAAAUAGUUCCUAUAAUUAACCACCUGAAGUAAAUGGAAUAAGGGAGUAGUAAGGACUUGAGGGCUCAAAGUGACACCGCUAUAAACCAGCAUCUUCCAGAUACAUAAAGUUCACUUUGUUUUAUACAGUAUGGAGAAACUCUAGCAUAAGAUGUCUAUGCUAGUUCACUAGUAGCAGAAGGACAGUAUUCAGGGAGCUGCCUUUAUAUUUGUAGUGUUGGAGACUGUUACUGGUUCAUUUGUGGUUAUCAGCUGAAAAGUUCUGUUCCUGAGAUAUGCAAUAGCAGUGUUGAAAGGCAGUGUUCAGUAGUGAUGGGGAACAGACAUACUGGAUUUUCUUCCCACAUUGAAUUAUUUUGUUUGCAUGCCUCUUUGAAAUUAGACUGCUCAGCAGCACUUUGGACUAGUUUUUAUUAGGUUAAUUCACAUUUUGUACAUUAGAUAAGUAAAUAUUGAUGGCUUGAUUUAACUAGAUAUUUUAAAUUUUGAAAGCACAGAAGUAUCUUAUUUUGAGUCAGAGGAGAAAAGCCAUUGGUUUGUUUUCAUAGAUAGUAUCUUUGAUAAUUAACCGUCUCAGCACAGGGGUACCUGGAACCAAGGGCACCAUUAAAACUCAGUCAAAGCAACUUCCUAGGAACCAGUUUUAGUGAGUCCUCUGCCUAUAAACCUCUCCCAGAAGUCUCUGAGAGGUGUGGGCCUUAGGAGGUUGAGGAUGAUCUGCUUUCUCUUUGAGAUCAACUAUUUUGGGGAAGUUGGUGUGUGUGAUUGUGUGUAUGUAUGUGUUCACUUUUUUAAGUGAAAUGAAACUGCAACCAUAGUGCAAGUGUAUGAGGCAGAUUGUUCUAUUUGUAAACUACCUCCUUCCUGGAAAAGUCUCUGUUUUGUAUUUUUUUGAACAUCCACAGAGUUCUUCUUAGCAUCAAAAGGUGACAUGCCACUUAAGAUCAGUAUUCACUGGAGAGACUUAUAUUUGGUAGCGGUAGCUGGUAUCCAUCACUAGUCACUUUGCCAGGAUGAAUGCUGGUGGGCAAAAGUAGCCCAAGUUAAGAUAGGGGAGCAGGUUUAGUGAGUUUUUGCGACUUCUGCUGUGAUUAGCUUAACUUUUCAUUUGCUCUGGCCGAUAUCUAGUCAGUUGUAUGCUGCGAGAUGUUUAACCACCAGGCUCUCUGAAGGGGAAAAAAGGCCCUUAAGUUGUAGCAUUUGCUGAUUCCCAUCAUGUAAGUUACUCCCUCUGUGGCUGAUUUUAAGCCACCACCUUGGAGUUGAGAAGGGAGGCGCACAGUUGGCUCAGAGCCAUACACUCAGCCAGCAAACCACUGCACUUAUUUCACCCUAGGGUGGAUUUUCACAUAAUUUCUAAAAUAAUUUUUUCUUUUUGGUUUGUCACAGUGCUUUUGUGAUAUAAUAUUCCUCAUGGCAUAUUUUAUGCGUUCAAACAAAGGUGGAAACUUCCAUUGAUUUUUUAAAAAUUUAUACAUGAUGGAAGAACCAGAAACCCUCAAAAGGUCAGCCUUAUGCUUCUUUGAGUUAAAAAUAUAGGUUUAAUUUUUCUACAUCUUGGUGGUUAAAAUACAGGUAACAGUAAUUUUUUUCUUUAGAUUUUGAUGGGGAAAAUAAGCCCAUGAGCCUAUAGUAAAAGGGUACUGGAUUUUUUUUUACACUGGAUCUUUUUUUACAAUUCCUUGAAGAUUUACAUACCAUAUUAGAGAUCAAAAAAGGCAGCACUGACUGUUGAAUCUCUUUACAUGGCACAAUUUUUAGUUUUCUCCAUACUGUGUGUCACUUAGGCUUGGAGGAGACAGUAAAUCAGAGGCUUGGAAUUCUGGAGCUGUAACUGCAGGCUGUUGAUAUUAUCACUUCAAUUCCAUUCACACUUGGCAUUGUGUGAUGUCUAGUCUAAUGACAUUGUUUCAUCCUGAUCUCAGAACUCGUGUUAUGAUUCUAAAGUUCUCAAAGGCAGUUUUGUAUGUUUCUAGUGAAUUUAUGCACAUUAGAGCCACUCACUGGCAUUUCAGAAAAGCAGUCUCCAACCUUUUUGAACACACACCUUGAUCAAUAAAAGGCUUUGAACACAAAUACCCUAUUGCAAAUUUAUAUGUAUAUAUGUUAAGUUAUAUACUGCUAUACUAAAGUCCUGUGUACACUAUAAGACAUAACACAAAACAGAAAUUAAGGAGGGCAUAAAAAUAAAUCUUGAGUAGAAAUUCUAAUAUUUUUUUCCUGCACCCAGUAGAUUGUCUUGUGCACCCCCCUGGAGGCAUGUACUCUACUUUAAAGCCCCCUGACUCAGGGUCUGUUUGUCAGUCUAAUCUUGAAAAAUACAAUGUGGAAGCUUUGGUUGUGAUAUAUGGGGAAAUCCUUUACAUAUUUGAUUUGAUUUUUAUGUAAAAUCUCCAGUAGAGAUUAGGAAUUUUUCAGCAGAGCUUGUCAUCAACUUUCUGAAAUUUCCUAUUUCUUUUUUAUACGUUGCCAAAUAGCCCAUUACCAAAUGUUUUCCAGAGCUUCGUGCUUAUUAUUUUUUUUAUUUUUUUUAUUAUUAUUAUUAUUUUUUUUUUGCGGUAUGCGGGCCUCUCACUGUUGUGGCCUCUCCCGUUGCGGAGCACAGGCUCCGGACGCGCAGGCUCAGCGGCCAUGGCUCACGGGCCCAGCCGCUCCGCGGCAUAUGGGAUCCUCCCAGACCGGGGCACGAACCCGUAUCCCCUGCAUCGGCAGGCGGACUCUCAACCACUUGCGCCACCAGGGAGGCCCCGUGCUUAUUAUUUUUGACAGCCUGUUGUCUCUUUCCUUUUCAUAUUAGGUAUGAGUUUAUAAUUUACUUUUAUUUUACUAGCUGCUCUCAAACUUCUUUUGGCCUUAUUAAUGUUACAUUUUACCAACAAUUUCAGAAUUAUUUCAAGUUGCCUUAUGUUAAAGUACAUAACAACCUCCAUUUUCUUGCUGCAUUGGUAAGUUUUUUAUUAUUAUUAUUAUUAUUUUUUUGGUAACAUUUUAGCAUCUGAAAAAAUAAAUAUUUUCUUGAUGGGUCUGUUCUAUCUAUCAUUUCAUUUAUUGUAUAUAUUUUAUUUACCCAUGCCAGAAAUCUAGAAUUGUGCUGAGGUGCCAUUCUUAGGUUUGUAAACAAGUAUGGCAACAAGUGCAGGUCUCCGUGCAGAAGCCUGGAGCUCUGAGUGAAGGACCACAGCAACAGGAAAACUAGAAUCUUCAUGAAGUACGUAGUCUGUGAUCUGAGGGUGUGACAGGAUGGAAUUGAGAACUUAAUUGUUCAAUUCAUAGUACUGAAGUGGAGGCCAGCCAUAAUUAUCUUGAGCAGGUACUCUGACCAGAGAAUUAGUUCAAGAGAAAGUGUUUGGUUAAUUAUCUUCUUGGUUUUGGGUCAACAAUUAAAUUAACAGUUGUUACUGUUUUUAAUGCUGCUGGCGUUGCCUGAAACAAGGUGCCCUGAUAUUUCUCUGUGUCAUCAGAACUCUGCUUACUGAAGUUGAAGUUUUAAUCUUAAAAUCUAGAAUUCUUGUGGGUGGUGGUGUAUUAAGCAAGAAAAGAAGGCGGUUUGAUUUCAUUUCUCGUACUUGGUGGAACCUGUUAGGAUGAAAGUCAUGUUUUUACCUGUAAACAGAGCAGAACUGAAAAGGUGAGUUAUUGAUGUAGUAUAAAUGUUCCAUUUGAAGCUGCCAGUUUCUUCAACCUACUUUUCUGAAAAAAAAAAAAAUCGUGAUAGAUUGACAGCCUGCCAGAAAAUAGCAAUUUCUAGGGUGCUGCCGUCCACACUUAGCUGUUGUGAAAAUGGAAAUCAGAGUGGUUUGUGUGAGAGGGGAAAGUUGGCUCUAAGCUUUGUAUAGAAACCAGGAAAUUCAGGCUGUUGUUAACAUUUUAAAUGAAACCUUUAACAAGAAAAUUUAUGAGGGAUACAAUCAAACAUAGUAAGAGUAUAAUAUAGAUCAAGAAGUUUUAUGAGGCUUAAGUUUUUAUUUUAAAAUAUUUUGGGAAACCUAGAGCAUUUCUUUCCAAGUCAUACUGAUUGGCUGAGUGCAUAUAUGUGUGUGUAUAUAUACUGAUGUAUUGACUGAGUAUAUGUUUGUGUGUAUGUGUAUAAACAAAUCUAUUUUUCAGAGGGAACAUAUGGUCAUCCUAGUCUAGGAUGGUUCCUAGGCUAUUUUAUACUAAAACUUAAAAACAAAAAUUGGCUGCACUUUGCAGUUGUCACUUUUUAAAAAUUAAUGCCUUGCACAUUUGUUUUUUUAAAUGCAUAGAAUCAUAGGCCUUAAAGACUAAUUGCUUGUCUACUCUUUAGAAAUAAUGUACAGUGCUACAUGUGACAUACUCUAAGCAAAGUCAUCUUAAACUGUUUUCUUAUAUUCAUGUAUUAUUGAGCAAAUAAGAAUGUUCUUUCUAAAAAUUUCUACAUUUCUGUGUAAAAUCCUUGUUACGUUGGGUUCUAAGUUUCUCAGAGAGGAGGUUUAUACUAGACGUAGUAUUUCUAAAAUACAGAUUUAACCAUGAUUGAUAUAGUGGUGGAGGAAUUCUGGCAUUGUAGCCUAUUCAUCCUUUUGAACUGUACAUAAAAAGCAUUAGCAGAAAACUCAGAGUAUCUUGGGCUGAAUGGUCUUCUCAGCUUUGCCUUGUUUCCCAUCUCAUAAGGGCCCGUUCUUGUUCUUGUCCCCUCCAAGGAUAUGAGCCCUGCGAGGACAGGCCCGGGAUCUUCUGGACGGGUUGGGGGUGGGGAGGUGCCCUGUGGCUGGGCCUGAGUUCUAGCCAGUCCAUCAUUCAAGCUUGCCUAGAGUUCAGGGGUGGGAAUGCCAUAUACUGGUAUGAAAUCACUUGGCACUUUUUGGGACACCAUUAUUAGCACUGUUCUGUUUUUAAUAACUGGAAGCACUUAAUGGUUAUUUUGUUUAAUUUCAUCUUGAGGAUAUUGGGGGUCAGGGAAGUUAAGGUUUAUUGAUUAUGUUUUCUGGAACUUGACUGUUUGGAGAAGGGAUAAAUGGAUUACCCAGUGAGCCAUUCUAGGCUCUGUAAGGUAUGCUGUUUUGGCUAGGAUGCUUUAAAAUAAUUUACAAGCUUUUAAUAUUCUGCUUUGUAGAAAUGUAUGACUUUUAAUGGUUUGCAGUUGGUGGAUUAUACUCAACUUUGUGAAUUCGCCAACUUUAAGUUUCUUUUCUGUUUAAUCAUUGUUGCUUAUUGUCUGUCAGGUAAGGGACACAGUCCUUUCUAAGACAUUUCAUACUUUUUUUUUUUUGAUGGCAGUAUUACCAAGGGCCUUUAAGUGUACAUUACAUUCAUUGCUUAUGUGAUAAAGUAGCAUAUUGUGUGAACUUCCCUGUUCAGUAUUAGUGAACUAAGAUGCAUAUUUGUAAAGACAGAAAUGAAUGCAAUUUAUUUUUGAUUACUUGAGGCCUAUUUAUUUGGUUUGGCCAUUCGACCUUUUCUAGUCACAAUCAUAUGUAUUUCUUCACUUUUACCUUCUAGCAGUUUCAUUUAUCUUUGUGGGUAGGGAAGAUUAAAUAUGAAACUCAGUCCAGUCAUUUUGCUACUGGUUGGCUUUGGUUUGAGGCAAAUAAAAUUUUUGACUUAGUUUUUUAGAAUUCUGCCCUUUACACUAGAUAAUCAAGUUGGCUUUUAAAAAAAAGUGUACAAUUUUGUCCUUUGAAGAACUAAUAAUUUUCUGUGAGCCCUAUUGGAUCUUCAAGUAUGGAUAUCACUUGAAAAUUAAAUACUGUUAAACUUUUGAUUUUCGCCCACCCAAUCUGUAAGUCAGAAAGAGAGCAUAUGUCUGCUGUGGUGUUAACACAGAGAGAUGUAUUCUUUUACCUCAGCGUCUUAGUUUGGCCUCUGUAAUAAGAACUUGUCAGGGUGCUUUUCUUAAACUCCGAUUCAUUCAGCUGAGAAGACAGUUACUUCAUUGUUUAUUUUUCCCCUUGUUUAUUUUAUUGAAAUCUAUCGCUCAUAAUAUCUAGUAUCCACUACUUUUGUAUAAACAGAAUACUUACCUAUAAUGCCAGUGCACACCUAUCCAAAAGACUGCAUUAUUGUUAAAGUGUCAUUAAUAAUUUGUCUUGAUUAAUGUCAGUUUAAUUUACAUGAGGGAGACCUUCGAAGUAUUAAAAUCACUUUCUUUUUCCUAAAAAAGCAAUUCAAAUGAUGGUAACUGCUAACAUUUAUUAAAAUCACAUUAAUUGUUGAUGCAGCUGGAGAGAAACUGCCACAUCUUCUAGCUAAGCAGUCGGACUUAACGUGUUGGGAAACUAAGGGAUGUUGUUUUAGGGUAAUUAGUAUGGCUGUAGCCGGAGCCUUCAGCUCUACAUGUGUGUGGCAAAAAAACUUUACAGAGUUUAGGUUGGUGAGGAAGAAUAUGCGCUGGCACUUUGAGGGCUUUAUAAUAUGCUGCUUUUAGGAGGGAAAAGUGUAGUUGAUAUUCAGUGCACCUCCAGACAUAGUAAGGGGUUGCUCUGAAUAACCAAUCAGGUGAUCUUUUUUUUCUAUGGCUUCAAGUUUUAUGCAAAAAUAUUGUUAAAUUCUGUAAUGAUGAUAUGCAUCUUUUUAGAAAGAUGAUACAUUUUUAAAAACUAUUUUAUAUAAGAACUGUCAGAGGAAUCUGCUUUGUAUAAUGGCAAGCUGGCUUUAAGAAAGCACUGUAUCAAAUUUACUAAAGUCCAAAAUUAUAUAGAUAUGUUAAUAGAUGUAUGUGCAACUUGAUAUGGACAAUUGUAUUUUUUUAAAUAAAUAUUUUUAACAAAAUGACUUUCUGAAUUAUUUCCCUCCUCUCACAUCUAUUGAGGUAGUCUUUGUGUAUUAUAUUCCUGUCUAUGCUAAAUGUGGGUAAGGAAAGUUCCGCUUUCCCAAAGGUUAUCAUUAAAACCUGGCCUUCAACUAUUUGAUGUGUAUCUACAUUA